AUGCAGUUCAGUAACUUCGAGCCGGCCGUCAGACACGCCGUCAUUUCCAUCAGCAGUCUCUAUGAAGAGGCUCAGGGCAAUUUCGAGACUACUGCCACUGUACGGCACAGCAAUCAAAAUUUGGCCCUACACCACUACAAUGCCGCCAUUCACGAGUUGAGAGUCAUGGACUCUCAAGAAAAGCAGCCCAUAAUCUUGCUUGUUUGCGUUCUCUUCAUCUGCGUGGAGAUCAUGCGCGCCAACAGAAAAGCAGCACUGCAGCACAGCAGGCAUGGUGUCGAGAUAUUGAAGAGCAUCUCUCCCGACUAUAUGUUCUCGUGGACCAUGGAGCACCUCCUGCCGAUAUUUCGGCGGCUUAGCGAGUUUGCUCUUUUCUUCGGUGAAGAAGAGUCGGAUUUCCCUGACAUAAGGGCCCUAGAGGGGCCCAUGCCGCAAUUCUUCCUCACGUUCUCAGACGCACAGCUGAUGCUUGACGUCCUCUUCAAUCGAACAGCAGAGUUCAUGCGCUCACAGCGCAAUUCACAACGAGCUGCUUCAAAAUCACCUGGACCCGAUGAUAUCGGGACACCGCCCCCGAGUCUUCUCUCUGAGCAUGCUGCCAUCAACGGUCUUUUAGACCAGUGGUUCAAGCUUUACAAUGACUUCAUGGCCAUCAAACCCAAGGAAGCACCUACACAAAGCAAUCAAAUCAGCAGAUCGGCCUAA